AUGUAUGUUUAGCGAAAUGCAAAUUUCUAAGAUGCAAUAUAAUUAGGUAACGCUUUGUUGAAAUGAAAAUUAAAAAAAAAAAAAAAAAAAAAACUUCUCAGUGUUUGCUUUCCCUCCUGUGUGAUCUCCUGCUCUGCCCUGAUAGGCUCUAGUUGUGUGUGAUAGUCUCUCCUCCCCCACUGUAUAUGUACUCACCCUUUUCCUCAUGUUCUUUGCCAGUUUAUCUUGUAGUCCAGCUGUUUUCCUUGAGAUUUUCUCCUGUUCGUCGCCCAGUUUGGACUCCCUCCCAGAAGACCACCUGCUCAGCUUUGUGAGUUUUACCAGUUCUCCUGUGUUUGGACCAACAUGGAUGAUCCAUUUGAUUCAUAUCCACAAGAAAUUAAAGAAUGUCAACAAGCUCUGAUGAACAAUGAUCCUGCUGCAGCAGCUGCAAAGAUUCAAGAAUAUUUAGAAAAGCAAAAGAAUAUUCCACUAAAAAUUGCUGUCACAGGAGAAACUGGCUCUGGUAAAUCCACCUUUGUUAAUGCUGUUCGGGGCAUAGAUGAUGAGGAUGACAGAGCUGCUCCCACUGGUUGUGUAGAAACCACCAUGGAGGUCCCUCCAUACCUCCAUCCAAAAUAUCCUAAUGUUAUCUUUUGGGAUCUUCCUGGAAUUGGCACCACCAACUUUCCAGCUGAUAAGUACCUGGAGCAUGUUGGAUUUGAGAAGUUUGACUUCUUCAUCAUCAUCUCAGCUGAUCGCUUCAGAGAAAAUGAUGUGAAACUGGCUUAGGAGAUUCAGAAGAUGGAGAAAAAGUUCUACUUUGUUCGCUCAAAGAUUGACCAUAACAUCCAGGAUGAGAAAAGAAGUAAGAAGAACUUUGAUGCAGAGAAGACUCUGACACGUAUAAGAGAAGACUGCAUUCAAGGUCUUCAAAAACUGGGUAUUGAGGCUCCACAGGUCUUCCUGGUGUCCAGCUUUGAGCUCCACCUGUAUGAUUUCUCUCUCCUCCAUGAGACCUUAGAGAGAGAACUUCCUGACCACAAGAAGAAUGUUCUACUGUUUGCCAUGCCCACCAUCAACCGUGAGAUCAUCAUCAAGAAGAAAGAAGCUUUUCAGGCUAAAAUAAAAUACUAUGCUACUCUGUCUGCACUAGUAGCAGGUGUUCCAGUCCCUGGGCUUUCUGCUAAUGUUGAUCUAAGAAUGAUGGUUACUGUCAUUGAAGGUUAUCUACGUGGGUUUGGCCUUGAUAAGUCAUCACUGCAGAGACUUGCUGACAGCACAGAUGUACCAUAUGAGGAUCUGAUUGCUGUCAUCAAAUCACCAGUGGCUUUAAACAAAAUAACUGUAGAUUUCCUCCUUAACUUGAUGGCUAAGAUGUCAAACACACAUCUUUUAAUGACAGUAGAAGAAGGAUCCAGAUUCAUUCCACUGUUUGGAAUCCCAGUAGCAAUGAGUCUCUCUUUUACUGUAACCUACAGAACCCUGAGUUUUUUCCUCAAUGAACUUGCUGACGAUGCACAGAGAGUGUUUAAAAAGGCUCUGGGUUUGGACACGGCAGUGUGAUAUUAUAAAGUAAAUGCUGAAGGGCAUGUGGCUUCUUGAUUCCUCUGAAGGAGGCAGCAUCAGGUUCUAAAUAUAUAAAUAUAACAUCUUUAUCAUAAUCUUGUUGCAUAUUGGAACCAGUAUUCAUUUACAGUUGAUGUGUCAGACGGCUUCAGUGCAGGUCUCAUUUACUCCAUUGGUCCAGAACAAAUAGAGUUACUGCUCUCAGUAUAACACAUUUAAUUAGCCUCUUUAUCAUUUUAUUAUGGGGGGAAAUAUAAUCUCAUUCAUAUAUAAACUUUAUACAAUGUAGAAAAACUGCAGAUUUUUUUGUUUCAAUGCUUUUUGAAAUUGUGUGAUCAAUAAUGUCAACACUUUGAGCAAAUCAGGUGAAUGAUGGCUACUGAUGAAGCAUCUGUAUCUUGUUAUCUGUUCUGAUUAAAUAAAUUAUGAUGGAACUGGUUGUUUUGUCAUUUAAAAAAAUCUUUUCUAUAACAUUUAGAGAUACAGUACAAUAUAUAUAAUAAAUAAUCAUGUCUGUGUUGAUCAUAUCUUUCUUCAUC